AUGAACUUGGAUUUCCUACACUUAGCCAGCCUGUACGAGUACAGCACCUACAAACUUGCAAAGGCGGGGCAAUACACGUACAGGCCAGUGUCCAUUGAUUACCCGGAGUACUAUCACUCGCUGUUGUCGUACUACACGCAAUUCACCGAGCUUUUACAGGGUAAGGGGGAAGUAUACAUGGAUAAUAGGCAGGCGGAUUCAAGCAGCGCGGGGUACUGCAACGACUACAGCAGCAAAACCCGCAACAGCACUCAGAACACCCGCAACACCCAAAACCCCACACAAUCCAGCGACACGAAAACAUCAAUCACCCACCCUAUCAACCUCUCUAUCAUCGUACCCUUGGACUGCAUCGACUACAUGUCUGCACACGCCACUCCGUCAGCCACCCCCGUCCUCAACAACGCCAUCGAUCUCCACUACCUCGCACACCUCUGCUCCAAGUUCCACAGCGAUACUGCCAGCAUCACCGCCGCUGACUACGCUUACUACCACGCCCUCUACGAUUUCAAUCUGCACAACGACAAGAAAAUCCCUGGUGACGUCAUUACGGUUGCUAAUGACGUCACCCGCAAUCCUCCCCUAGGCAACCUUCUCAUGUGCUCAGCUCCGGGUAAGAAGGUGAGGCUGGGCGUGGAAGCGGGCGAUGGGGAAUUGGAAGCCAGCUUAGCCAGCUUAGCCAGCUUAGCAGCCCCUGCAACCCCCAGAGCUCCAGUAGACCGGUGUAUUCUGCUAGACCUGUUGCGGAUCCGAGACAGCGGAUGCACCUUGCUAGCGUGUUGCCUCGACGACCACGAGCUGUCCCUUCUUGGCACAUCGUGGGAGCAGUACAGCUACUCUGCCGCUCGUCUCGGCCUCUCCAUCCUCCGCUUUCCCAUGCCAGAGGGGCUGCACCCGCCCAACAUACACGACUUCUACGACAGGAUCGAUCUCCUUCUCCACGAGUACACCUUUGCAGGCCGCAACGUCCUCGCUCACUGCAGAGGCGGCGUCGGCAGAGCCUCGCUUAUUGCGUGUGCGUGGAUUCUGCGCAUGGGUUUGGUGAAGGGCCUUCUCACUCCGUCUUCUCAGCUGGUUACCUCCGAAUAUAACCAUACCCUCCACAUCACCUCUCUUACUAUCGAGAUCGUCCGCUAUAGACGCUCUGUUAAGGCUGUAGAGACUUACGAGCAGGUCAGAUUCCUCUUUGAUUUCGUCUCCCUCCUCCGUCAGAAAGCGGGCGUGGUGAGUUGA